AUGACCCAACCGCAGGCCGCCCUCCACCCGCCGCGCCUGGCGCACAUCUUUGCGGGCACGCCGAGCGUGCCCGGCACUCCGGUGCACUCCAUCCAGACCAUGCGCAGGAAGCAGGCCGGCCACUCUGGCCAUCUCACCAAGAUCCUCGUCGCCAACCGCGGUGAAAUCGCGAUCCGAGUGUUCAGGACGGCGCACGAGCUCGUGAUGCACACUGUCGCGAUCUACUCGCACGAGGACAGGAUGAGCGCCCACAGGCAAAAGGCGGACGAGGCCUACCAAGUCGGGGCCGGAUUGACGCCCGUCGGCGCCUAUCUCGCGCAGGAGGACAUCAUCCGGAUCGCGCUCGAACAUGGCGUGGACAUGAUCCACCCCGGCUACGGCUUCCUUUCUGAGAACGCAGAGUUCGCGCGCAAGGUCGAGCAGGCCGGUAUCGCUUUCAUCGGCCCGACCCCCGAAGCCAUCGACGCGCUCGGCGACAAGACAAAGGCUCGCGAUGUCGCGAUGGCCGUCGGCGUACCCGUCGUGCCCGGCACAGCUGGUGCGGUCGCGUCGUACGAAGAUGCCAACUCGUUCAUCGAGGAGUACGGCUUCCCAGUCAUCAUCAAGGCCGCUAUGGGCGGUGGAGGUCGCGGUAUGCGUGUCGUACGCGAGCAGAGCGACUUCAAGACCUCUUUCGAACGUGCUGUCUCCGAGGCCAAGAGCGCUUUCGGUGAUGGAACUGUCUUCAUCGAGCGUUUCCUCGAGCGCCCGCGCCACAUCGAGGUUCAGCUUCUGGCUGAUGCCCACGGCAACACCAUCCAUCUUUUCGAGCGUGAUUGUUCCGUCCAACGCCGCCACCAGAAGGUCGUCGAGGUUGCGCCCGCAACACAUCUUCCCGAGGAAGUGCGACAGGCGAUCCUCGCGGACGCGAUCAAGAUCGCCAAGCAUGUACACUACCGCAACGCCGGUACAGCCGAGUUCCUCGUCGACCAGAUGGGCCGCCACUACUUCAUUGAGAUCAACCCGCGUAUUCAGGUCGAGCACACCAUCACUGAGGAGAUCACCGGCAUCGACAUCGUCGCCGCCCAGAUUCAGAUCGCAGCCGGUGCGACACUCCCCCAGCUUGGCCUCACUCAGGAAGCUAUCACCAAGCGCGGUUUCGCUAUCCAGUGCCGUGUCACUACCGAGGAUGCAGCACAGAACUUCCAGCCUGAUACGGGCAAGAUCGAGGUCUACCGCUCAGCUGGUGGUAACGGUGUCCGCCUCGACGCCAGCUCUGGCUUUGCCGGCGCACAAAUCACGCCUCACUACGACUCGCUCCUCGUUAAGGUCUCCGUCAGCGGCACGACGUACGAGGUCGCUCGCAGGAAAAUGUUGCGCGCGCUCGUCGAGUUCCGCAUUCGCGGCGUCAAGACCAACAUUCCCUUCUUGUUCCGCCUACUCACCCACGACGUGUUCGUCGGCGGCAAGACCUGGACUACGUUCAUCGAUGACACACCCGAGCUCUUCAAGCUUGUCCAGAGCCAGAACCGCGCACAAAAGCUUCUCGCCUACCUCGGCGACAUCGCCGUCAAUGGCUCCUCUAUCAAGGGCCAGACCGGCGAGCCCGGCCUCAAGGACGAGAUUGUCAUUCCCAAGCUGCAGAACCGCGACGACCCCGAUGGCCCGCCUGUCGACACCUCGAUCCCCUGCGAGGUCGGCUGGCGCAACAUCAUCGUCGAGCAAGGUCCCGAGGCAUUUGCCAAGGCCGUCCGCGCGUACCCGGGUUGCCUGAUCAUGGACACCACCUGGCGUGACGCCCACCAGUCCCUGCUCGCCACUCGCCUCCGUACCAUUGAUAUCCUCAACAUCGCAAAGGAGACCUCGCACGCGCUCGCCAACGCGUAUUCGCUUGAGUGCUGGGGUGGCGCGACCUUCGACGUUGCCAUGCGGUUCUUGUACGAGGACCCGUGGGAGCGCUUGCGCGCUAUCCGCAAGCUCGUGCCGAAUGUGCCGCUUCAGGCGCUUGUUCGUGGCGCUAACGGUGUCGGCUACACCAGCUACCCCGACAAUGCGAUCUACGACUUCAGCAAGCGUGCCGUUGAGAACGGUCUCGAUAUCUUCCGUGUCUUCGACUCGCUGAACUACAUCGAGAACAUGAAGCUCGGUAUAGACGCGGCAAAGAAGGCUGGUGGUGUCGUUGAGGCCGUUGUCUGCUACUCCGGCGACGUUGCGAGCAAGAAAGAGACCAAGUACACCCUCCAGUACUACCUCGACUUCAUCGGUCAGCUCGUCGGCGAGGGCAUCCACGUUCUCGGUAUUAAGGACAUGGCCGGUCUGCUCAAGCCCGAGGCCGCGCGCAUCCUCAUCAGCGCUGUUCGCGAGAAGUACCCCGACCUGCCCAUCCACGUUCACUCGCACGAUACCGCCGGUAUCUCCACGGCUUCGAUGAUCGCGGCUGCUGCGGCCGGCGCGGAUGUCGUUGAUGUUGCUAUCGACAGCAUGAGCGGCCUGACGAGUCAGCCACCCAUGGGUGCGGUUACGAUGGCGCUCGAGCAGAGCGGUCUUGGGACGGGCAUCCGUUAUGAGGAUAUCCAGGCUCUCAACUUGUACUGGAAUCAGGCGCGCAUCUUGUACCAGUGUUUCGAGGCGAACGUUCGCGCAAGCGACUCGUCGGUCUUCGACCACGAGAUGCCCGGCGGUCAGUACACGAAUCUCAUGUUCCAAGCGCAACAGCUUGGUCUCGGCACGCAGUGGACGGAGGUCAAGAAGAAGUACAUCGAGGCGAACGAGCUCUGCGGCAACAUCAUCAAGGUCACGCCCUCUUCCAAGGUCGUCGGCGACUUUGCACAGUUCAUGACCCACAACAACCUCUCGAAGAAGGACGUCCUCGAGCGUGCGGAGCACCUCGACUUCCCCUCGUCCGUCGUCGAGUUCUUCCAGGGUUACCUCGGACAGCCUGUUGGUGGUUUCCCUGAGCCGCUCAGGAGCAAGAUCAUCCGCGACAAGCCGCGCAUCGAUGGAAGGCCUGGCGCGAGCAUGCAGCCGAUUGACUUCAAGACGCUCAAGGCUGAGCUCAGGAGCAAGUUCGGCAAGCACAUCACGAACGCCGACGUCACAUCGUACGUUAUGUACCCGAAGGUCUUUGAGGAGUUCCAGUCCUUCCUCGAGAAGUAUGGCAACCUCUCUGUCGUGCCCACGCGUUACUUCCUCUCGCGACCCGACGUCGGAGAAGAGAUGCAGAUCUCGAUCGAGGAGGGCAAGAUGCUCAUCAUCCGCCUCAUGGCUGUCGGCCCCGUCGUCGAGGGUAAAGCCCAGCGCGACGUCUGGUUCGAAGUCAACGGCGAGGUGCGCGCUGUCAGCGUCGAGGACAAGAACUCCGCCGUCGAGACUGUGUCCCGCGAGAAGGCGACGAACGACCCGGGAAGCUUGGGCGCGCCCAUGAGCGGUGUUGUUGUUGAGGUUCGCGUGAAGGAGGGUCAGGAGGUUAAGAAGGGUGACCCGGUUUGCGUGUUGAGCGCUAUGAAGAUGGAGAGCGCUGUUACGGCGCCCGUGUCUGGACACGUCAAGCGUGUCACUGUUCACGAAGGCGACUCGAUCAACCAGGGCGACCUCUGCGUCGAAAUCGUGCACUAA